UUCGUUAAGAGCACAGAAGUAUUUUAUUAAUUUUGCGCAUGCGCAUCAUCAUAAUUCGUAAAAAGAGUACAAGAACUUAGAAUAUCACGGUGUACAUUGAUAACGUUCGAAUUUUUCGGCCAAGGAAACUUUAAUUAAUAGGAGGAUAAUAAGUCGUAAGUUUAUUGUAAUGAAUGGAAAGUCAGGUAUAGUGUAAGCAGGAAAACUGUGGAUUCGUAUAAUCAGAUACGGUAUAGUAAUAGAUUUUCCAACAAAACAUUGGGGCAUAUUUAAUGUUGAUAUAUAAGGCAUAUUUAUUUAUGUAAAAGCCCAAUACAACUAAAAGGCGUACAACUCUACGCUAUACCGGUGAGUUCCAACACAAAAUAUUGCUUGGUAGUACGGCGGACACUCAAAGCCAACUAACCAUGUCUGUACAAAGUGUUGCUCUGGCAUCUCUCACGGCCACCUAUACCGACUCGGAGGGCGAAGACGGGGUGGAAGACGACCUUCAGGAGAAUUCGAACACUCCCCAGGGGGCCGCCCCGCAUAAUGCCCAAGUCGGUCAGCCCCAGGCUUUCACCAGUCCCAAAUCUGGCACAUCAGCCUCAAAUAGUCCCGUUGUUGCUCCCAACGUCGGUGGCAAGUCUAGUAACGAUUUGUCGAACGCGCCCACCUUAGUAACAGAUGUGACAUCUAAGGUGCAGAGAUUGGUUUCAUACUUUGAUGAUUCAAUAGUCUCCGAUGACGAGGGAGUGGUACAGACACAGAUCGAUGGACAGCCUUUUGAAAAUGGAAGGCCCUCCUCGAUUAUGGAAUGCUCUCCCUGUUGUCAAGGAGAACAAUUAGUUUCAGAUAGCGAGGUGGACUCCUAUGGCGUCACUAUACCACCAGAGCCACCAGGGCAGUGUCCUGUGGAACUGCAGGAAAAAAUAACAAAACUUUUUAGGAAAAUGGAGAGCAGUGGUUUGGAUAUGAACAAAGUUAUUCAACAAAGGAAGGAUUUCAGAAAUCCAUCCAUUUAUGAAAAGCUAAUUCAAUUUUGUAGCAUCAAUGAAUUGGGUACUAAUUAUCCUCCAGACAGAUUUGAUCCAUUUAAGUGGGGUAAAGACUCGUAUUAUGAAGAACUUGCCAAAGUUCAAAAAACUGAAAUGGAUAAACUUGAAAAGGCUAGGAAAGAGAAAACAAAAAUUGAAAUCGUUUCUGGUACAGCUAAGCGACCCAAUAAUUCUAGUACAACAGACGAUGAUGCUAAAAAAAGGAAAAGUAAAUGGGAUCAAGUUGCAACAGGAGCUACUGCCUCGAUAAAACCAACUGUUUUGUUGUCUCAACCAACUCUUACCACUUUAACAUCGUCUGCAACUGGUACCAAAGCAACGGUAAUAUCUGCUUUUGGAUCUUUACCAAAGAAAAGACUGUAACAUACACUGUAAAUCAUUUGUAAAUAUUAUGUUUUUCGAAAAAGCAACACUUCAUUCUUCAUUUAAUAUUACACCAUAUACAGCGAGUUUUAUAGAAAAGUGCAGCAAAUUUCAUGCAUGAAUUUGUAUACAGAUUCACAUACUAUGCCUAUAUUCGUAUUUAAUUAUUGGCUUUAUUAAAUUUAGUGAUUCAACAUUUAAUUUCAUGAGAUAAAGCAUUUUGAAAGUAUAUCAAUAGUAUGAGAUUACUAUCUUUAUCAAUAAGGAUAACUGAAUAAAAAAGAAAAAAAUAAUGAAAGCUAAGGAAGAAGGAUUCUGGAAUUAAAUGGCAAGUGGAAUAAUUUGUUCCACUAUUGAGUUCUUUUACCACUUUUUUUCUCUGUAAAAUAUUUUGAAUUUAAGAUACAUUUUGAUAUUCAUCAUCUUUACGUGAUAUUUUUUCUAUGCUAUAAUAUGUUAAUGGAUUGAAAGAAAAGUAAAAGUAAAAAAAAGAAAAA